AUAUACAACCGUAAAGUAGCUAUUGGUUACCCUGUCAACUUUUGGUAAUUAUUUUUAUUUUAUUUUAUAUACAAAACUCGAUACUCAGAUUCAUACCGUGAGCUCGGUCUUUGAGAUCAAUCGCCGCCAUGUCUUCAUCAUCCGCCUCCCCGAUAGCAUCUCCACCGGCUUCCGCCUCGUUAAGUGCGACGUUAGCGCGUCCUGCGGUUGCAAACAGCAAAACCUUGCAGUCGGAAAAGAAAAAGAUUUCACCAGUAGUAUCUCUGGUAUCAGGAGGCAUUGCUGGCGGUGUAGAAGCUGCAACAACGUACCCGUUUGAGUUUGCAAAGACCAGGGCCCAACUACAGCCCAGCGGUUCCAGGAACCCCUUUGCGGUUCUUUCUCAGGUUGCCCGCCAAGAUGGUUUCCGCUCCAUCUACACUGGCUGCUCAACCUUGAUCCUGGGCACGACGGCCAAAGCUGGUGUUCGCUUUUUGUCGUUCGACUCUAUCAAAAAUGUCCUGAAAGAUGAGCAGGGAAACCUGUCCCCGGCUCGAGGCAUCCUGGCAGGCAUGGUGGCCGGCGCCGUGGAGAGUGUGGUGGCGGUGACACCAACAGAGAGGGUAAAAACAGCACUCAUCGACGACGCCAAGUCCGGCAAGAUGCAGUACAAGGGCGGAUUCCACGCCCUGACGGUGAUGGUCAGGCAGCAGGGCAUCAGCGAGGUGUACCGCGGUCUCUUGUCGACCACCAUGAAGCAGUCGGCCACUUCGGCCGUCCGCAUGGGGUCAUACAACAUCAUCAAGGAGCAGAUCAAGAAGCGAGACCUGCCGCAGAACAGCGCCGUCACCUUUGGCGCGGGAGCCAUUGCUGGCACCAUCACGGUCUAUGCGACACAGCCUUUCGACACCGUCAAGACCAGGUCUCAGUCUGCGCGCGGCGCUGGGACUUUGGAGGCCUUUAGGAGCGUCAUCUCUUCCAGUGGCGUCGAGGGCUUGUGGAGCGGAAGCACCAUGAGGUUGGGUCGAUUGGUAUUGAGUGGUGGAAUAGUCUUUACCGUGUACGAAAAGGUUUCUGGCAUUCUUACUGCAGGGCAAUAAGUCCGGCUGGGAUGGGCUUGUAUUUUAGUAUUUGUGUAUCAUACCCCAUAAUGCAUCGUGGUAACAUUACAAAUAUCGGAC